AUGCGCGUGUUUGGUGCGCAAUGCUAUGCGCAUGUGGCGAAGGAGAAGAGGAAGAAGCUGGACGACUCAGGCGUGCGAUGUUUCUUUCUCGGCUAUGCGAAGGAUCAAAAGGCGUAUCGGCUACUUAACGCGGACGAUGGCUCGAUCGUGAUCUCAAGAAGCGUCACGUUCGCUGAGCAUUCUGUCUCGAAAGCAUCGAAAAGCAAAUACACGCGAUUGUUCGAUGUCAUUGAAGAAGAGGAAAGUGUGGAGGCGUCGCUACCCGAUAAUGAAGACAUACCAGCGCCGGUGACCGAAGAAGAGCUGCGCACCCCACCACUUCGAGCGCAGAACAGCUCUCAUCCCGGACCAAGUGAUCGACCAAGCGACACCAUUCCUACGCGCGCAUCCAGCACACCCGGAAGAAAUGGAGAAGAAGAGUGGAUGGUGCGACCGGUUCGGAAGAAGCGCGGUGUGGUUCGCUACGAACAAGAAUUUCCAAGCCAUCGUCGCGGUCGCUUCAAUUUGGACGACUACGAAGGUGACUUCGACUCUUUCUACUGUUUCUCGGCUGAAGAAGAUGGGGAACAAGCGUCCAGCUAUCGAGAAGUGAUGAAGAGCGGCUACAAGGAGCAGUGGCUCCAGGCAAUGAAGAGUGAGAUGAAGUCGCUUGAAGAACACAGCACAUGGAAGCUAGUGGACAUGCCACCGGGCAAGAAGGCCGUUGGCUGCAAGUGGGUCUUCAAGAUUAAACGCGAUCCAAGUGGCGAGAUCAUUAAGUUCAAGGCACGCUUGGUUGCGAAAGGGUUCACGCAGCGUCCUGGCAUCGACUAUAACGAGACCUUCGCACCAGUGGCGCGCAAGGAAUCUAUCAACACAGUGUUGGCGAUCGCUGCAGCUGAAGACCUGGAAGCAGAAAACGUUGAUGUCGACACAGCGUUUCUCUACGGCGAAGUGGAAGAGGAGAUCUACAUGGACCAACCUGACGGUUUUGAAGAUGAAGGAAGCCCGAAUAAGAAGUGUUUGCUGCAGAAGGCGCUACACGGGACGAAGCAAGCGGCGCGGCAGUGGAACAACAAGUUGAGUCAGCACUUGGUUGAUCAAGGAUUCAAGAGCAGUACAGCGGACCCGUGUGUGUUCGUUCGAGUGACAAGAGAGGAGUACAGCAUCAUCGUGAUCUACGUGGACGACUUGAUGAUUUUCUGCAAGACGAAGGAGCACAUCGCAAGUAUCAAGAACUCAUUGAUGGAAGAUUUCAGCAUUAAAGAUCUUGGAGAUCUCAAGUACUGCCUCGGGAUCGAGAUUCAUCGCAAGCGCGAAGAUGGAACGAUCAAGAUGAACCAGAAGGCGUACAUCACGCGACUGUCGGAGAACUUCGGCGUUGAGAACUGCAAGGACGUGCACACGCCAGCGGACAGUAACUCGAAGCUGAUCAAGAUGGGUCAAGAGGAAGCGUUUGUACCAAAGUACCCAUACCGUGAGCUGGUGGGCGCUUUAAUGUACAUCGCCACAUGUACACGACCGGACAUUGCGCAUGCGGUUGGCGAAGUUGCGAAGUUUUGCGAGCGCUACGACAAGUCGCAUUGGACAGCAGCAAAGCAGAUUCUCAAGUAUCUCAAGACGACUCAAGACUUAAGCAUCGUGUUUAGCGGCAUCAACAAGGGAGAGCUGAUUGGAUUUGCGGAUGCAAACUGGGCUGGCGACCUCGACACGCGGCGUUCGACAACAGGAUACGUUUUCUUCCUGAACGGAAGCGUGAUAUCGUGGAAUUCGAAGCGUCAACCAACGGUCGCGACCUCAAGUACGGAAGCAGAGUACAUGAGUCUCUACAGCGCGACACAGGAAGCAAUUUGGCUUCGAGGUCUGCUUAAGGACCUGAACUACUGUGCCAAGAACGCGACGACGAUUUUUCAAGACAAUCAAGGUUGCAUCGCGCUGGCCAAGAAUCCUGUGUACCACUCGCGCACGAAGCACAUCGACAUCGAGUUUCACUUUUUGCGAGAAAAGGUUGCAAGUGCAGUGAUCGCGCUAGAGUUCAAGCCGACAGAAGAAAUGGUCGCGGAUGGAUUCACCAAGGCUCUUCCAAGAGACAAGCACAGCAAGUUCAUCACGGGUCUGUGCAUGGCGGUGUAG